CGUGAAUCCUGUGGUUUCUAUUCCACCAAACAAAUGUGUUCAUCAAUUUCCUUGUUGGUCUAUAUAUAGCAUGUGGUCUUAGAACCCUUUAGGAAAAUUAAGAGAACUUGAAACAGCUAGAAAUGGGAUCACUUUUUGCUUUCUUCAUUCUCUUCUCACUUGUCCUGUUUGGGAGCACCAUUGAUGCAAGACCAGACUCCGGAGAAUACUGGAAAGGCGUUAUGAAGGAUCAACCCAUGCCAGAAGCGCUUCACGGCCUACUCCCUCGGGGAUCAGUGUCCCCCCUCUCCACCACCGCAAAAACCGACUGUCACACAUCAACGGAAGCGACAAACAACGACCAAACUGCUAAAACUUACGUGAAAGACUUUGAACCGAGGCCUAGUACGACUGGCUACCACGAGGAUAGUACUAAACUAACUGGAGAGAAAUCCUUUCACGAUGAUAGUACUAAACUAACUGGAGAGAAAUCAUUUGCGAACGACUUCGAGCCGAGGCCUAAUGUCUCAGCUUACUCUAAUGAUGCUGGUCUGAAAGAGAAGAAGUCCUUUGUGAACGACUUCGAGCCGAGGCCUAAUGUCUCAGCUUACCCUGAUGAUGCUGGUCUGAAAGAGAAGAAGUCCUUUGUUAAGGAUUUUGAACCAAGGCCUAAUAUUUCUGUUUAUGAUGAUUAAGGACAAUCUAUGAUAAGUGUAUUAAGAUUAAUUGAUCUGGAUUGGUGAAGCUAUGUAAGAUGCAUAUGGUGUGUGUUUAUUGUGAGGUGUGUAGCGUGAAGAGAGUGAUUACUACGUUUAUGGAAUAAAUAAGGAGCUUGUGAUGGGUGAUUAUUUGAUCAAAUAAAUGUAAAAAGUUUUUGAUUUUUCCA